GCAGGCGCGCGCUUCCGUAAUACGUGAUAAGAACAUUAACGAGUCUCAAUUUAAUUCGCUCAUUAGAGAUACAGAAAUACGCCUCUUCAUUAACAACAAUAUCCACAGCAACGACAGCAGCAAAAACUUUUCACUGAACUGUAAAUUAAUCACGCUACAAACCGCGAAGAGUUUAAAAGAGCGCGCGAGAGAGUUUAUUUUCCACCAGUUUCCUCUUCCGGUGUUCAGACUCUUUCUGUUCGUGUUACAAACUCAGUGAUGUCGUAUUCUGGUGAGGACAGUCGGGAUCGACACACCCGCAUCCACACUCGGAGUUCUCCGGGAUUCCUGGAGCGUCUGGGAGAAACGAUGGGGGGGAUGGCGGUGGGUGUGGUCAUCUUCUUCCUCUCCUUCUACGUGCUCUUCACUAAUGAGGGCAGAGCGAUACGCACCGCAUCCUCUCUGGAUGAGGGACUCUCCCAGGUCGUGACUCUUCACCCAGACGCCUCUGUUGACCCCCAGGACAAUGGGCACCUGGUUCACCUCUCAGCCUCUCUGCACACGGCUCAGCCUCUUUAUGAUCCAAAUUAUAGGGUUGCAGUUCAGGCAGUGAAGCUAAAGAGGAAUGUGGAGAUGUACCAGUGGGUGGAGUAUCAGGAGUCACGGGAUUACAAAGAGAAUGGAGAAACUAAAACGGAGACCACGUACACGUACAACACAGAGUGGAAGUCUGAGAUCAUCAACAGUAGACACUUUGAUAAGGAGAUUGGACACGUCAAUCCCAGCGCGAUGGCGGUGGAGAGCGUCACUGUCGUCGCUCCUGACGUGUGGGUCGGCCAUUUUGCUCUCUCAAAAGGUUUAAUCGAUCAGAUCAAUAAUUUUCAGACUCUGAGUCUGAGUGCACUUCCUGUUACUGACCCGUUUCUCACAGUGUACGAAGAUUAUUUCUACCACACAGCCAACCCACGGAGGCCAGAGGUGGGAGACGUGCGUGUGAGCUUCUCCUAUGCUGGACUCAGUGGUCAAGGCUCAUUCCCUGGACCAGCGCAGAAAGUGAGUGUAGUGGCGAUGCAGAAGGAAGACAAACUGAUGCCUUUUAAGACCAGAUCAGGAGACAUACUGGAGAUCCUUUACAUGGAGGAGCUCACAGCAGAGGAGGUCUUUGCUCGAGAACAGCAGUAUAACGUGAUGAAGACGUGGGCUAUGAGAGCAGGAGGUUGGCUCCUCAUGUUCAUCGGGAUCAAUCUGACCAUGCAGAUCUUUUACACUCUUGUGGACUGGGUCCCUGUGCUGAGAGAGCUGGUGUCUGUGGGCGUGAAGCUCUUCGCAGCAUGUGUGUCCUGCUCUCUCUCUCUCCUCACCAUCUCCAUUGGCUGGCUGUUUUAUCGCCCCCUGGUGGCCAUGCUGAUCGCUGCAGUCGCCCUGCUGCCCGUCCUCAUCACACACGCUCGCAAAGCUGAGAAAAAACACCAGUGACAACUAAUGUAGUGCAGGACAGUGAAUUCACAAACGCGGAUCCUUUCAUUACACAGACCACUCCCACUGACUCUGCUCAACACACACACACACACACACACACACACACACACAUACAAUACACACUAUACAGAACACACCACUGUGGUGACUUGAAAUACAACAAGAGUGUGAAUUUACAGCACUGGAGUACUCUUUUAUGGACUGAUGUUUAAAAACCAAAGCUAAACUCAUCCCAGUCAUAUGUUGUAUAUUUAUAUUUUAAAGACGCACAGUUACUGGUACAUCACUCUCAGGACUGUCUCACUCGGGCAAGCUUCUCAAUGAGUGACAACGUUCACAAUGUUCCUCUGUAGAUUCUGAUUGGUCAUCAUGUGUUGAUUAAUUCUCUAUAAAAGCAGCACUCACAGCACUGCAGCUACACCUCACAGGAUUAUAACAAUAACGCUGUCUGUCUCCGUUAUCUCAGACGGCCUGCUGAUUUACAUAAAAUACAUGUUCAUGUAUGAAAGGGAGUCUCCAGUGUCAGAGCUUUGGAACAGUCAGAGGUAAAGCUGUAACUUUGUUCUCUUCAGGACAGAGGGUUUUUUUUACUUCUUGCCUUCGAGAGAGAAGGAGGAGGACUGGUGAGGGGAUCUGUUUACAGCCAUGAUAACAAAACAGUACAGGACAUAAUCAAUAGAUAAAAAGUACAUUUUACUCAUAAGUUAAAAAUUGUAAUUGAAUGAAAGGACGACGGAGUCCCAGACUGUAGUAUUCCUUCUCGCUGACCAAUCAGAAUCCAUCUGAAGUGUAAAGCUUGUCAGUAUGUUCAUACUGAAAUCUUCAUGUGGCAUUAGAGAUGAUUAUUCUUUCUUCUGAUUGACUUUAUUUUUCCAUUUACUUCUAAAGAAAGUAAUAUGAUGUUUUAAAAAUACAGCACUUCUGUAUGUUUUGAUGAAUAUAAAAAAUUAAAAACAUCCCAAGCCCUAUAAUGUCAUACAGGAACCUGAGUGGCUCUUAAUGUUUAUGAUGCAAUAACCCUUGUCUGUAAUGUGUUUAAAAGAUAAUAAAAUUUUCAAGAUGUUCAUCA